AUGAAUUCAUCUUUCCCUUUAGGUAAAGAGGAUGAAUAUCCAAAGAAACCUUUGGGGCAGCUUCCACCUGAAUUUCAUUCUGGAGGUACUAAUCACCUGAGCAAUGGACAAAGAAGUGUUGGCAGACCCAGUCCCCAUCUAAGCAGCAGAAGAGAAAGUGGGUCCUCACCUCACAAAAAACAUGAGCAUUCCCCUCACCAUCACAGUAGAGCUGGUACACCAGAAAGAGUUCAGCAGCUAAGGCGGAAAUCGGUGGAUGAGGAUAGUAAAAACCCGAAAGAUGAAGCAAAGUUUCAAAGAAAACCUUCAUCAGGUCCACAAGACAAUUCCAGACACUAUAAUCAUGCAGCUGCUAACCAAAAUAGCAAUGCUACUUCAAAUAUCAGGAAGGAAUUUAUGCCCAAGUGGAAUAAACCAUCAGAUAUUUCAGCUCUUGAAAGAACUGCCAAGUAUGCCAUUGAAGGCAGGAGUAGAUCACUGCACCCCACCCUAACAGUCACCGUCCCAAGUUCUGCUGAUACCCGAGUCUCAAAUGUAAGGCAAAAGAUGAAGGUUUUGGAUGCUGGUGAUGGGAAGCGGGGCUCCAAUGCAUCACAGUAUGAUAACGUGCCUGGGAGUGAAAAUGAAAAUGGAGGUUCCGUUGAAGAUGCCUCUGCUUUCUCCCAAAGUCCACGGAACGUCGUUCACUCUAACAGUCCAAGAAAGCAUGCUGAGCCAAGUUCUAGUUCAUCAAAAAUGUCCAACAAGUUUACUUUUAAAGUGCAGCUUCCAAGCUAUAUAAGAUACCCAUCCCAGUUAGAAGGGGAAGACCGAGGGACUGUGCAUCCACCCUCUUACAGCAAUCCCCCUGUUUACCAUGGAAAUUCUCCAAAACACGUUCCCACUGCUAACAGCAGCUCUGGAUCCCCUCAGAUCAGCCCUGGGGCUCAAAUGAAUCUUUCCAGGAGACCUUAUGGUUCUACUCUUUCAGUUGAUACUUCCCCAGAAAAAUCUUUCAGCCGCCCAACUCCUAUUGUUCUGCCCUCUAGUCGAAUAGAAGUCCUUCCUGUUGACAUUGGUGCUGGGGGGUAUGCAGGCCAUUCAGGAUCACCAAAGAAUGGAAAUUUCAUCAUUCCUCCAGUGGAUUAUUUGCCAGAGAACAGAAAGUGGUCAGAAGCUAGUUAUACAUACAGACCUGAGAUACAUGGACCAUCAUGGACUCGAGAUGCUAGUCGUAGCCAUUUAAGCAAUUUACCAAAAUAUGCACCCUUUCAACAUGUGCCCUUUCAAGACCAUAAUCUCCCAGCAGUUUCAGUAGAUAGUCCUGUGCGGUAUAAAAUGUCACCAGCUGUAGAAGAUGCCAGUCCAGCUGGGUAUCAGUAUGCAGGGCCCUCGCCUCCAGCAUAUCACUACAGAAACCGAGAAGGGCUUUCUGUUCAAGAAUCAGUAUUGCUGUGAGAGUUUUUCUCUUCUCUCUGAAGACAAGAGAAUAGAAACCAUACAAAACCUACAUUGCUAUGUUUAUACUUGCCAAAGCAGUAUUUUAUACUAUUGUAAACAACUUGCACAAUUCUAAUGUAUGCUAGUAAUAAGAAUGUAUGUAGAUGCUGCUUAAGAUGAGCAUUUUGAAUUGCAUCAUCACUGAACCUGUUAAAAGAAUUUAACCCGGAAACAUAGCAAUAGCAUUUAGGGAUGCACGAACAAUUAUGAUUCUUUACUCAGUUUCAUUCAUAUCUUUCUCCAAACCUGAACAUUUUUAUCUGUUGGCCCAUUCUACUUUGACUGAUGUUACGGAGCACUGAAAAACUGUAGAGGAGAUAUUUUUAAGGCUAUAUGUAGUUUGUCUUUCAUAAACACUAUAGCAUCUGUGCAUACACAUUUGAAUGCAGAACUGAAGAAAUGGUUUUUAAAACUACUUUUAAUGUAGAACCACAGAAUAAUGUUAAUCUUUUUUUCCUUAACUUAUCUUUCAGUUCAGUUUUCUGCCCGUAUUUUUAACCAGGCCCUAAACUGCCUAAAGCAUUUGCCCUGACUUUAUUAAUACAGCAUCUCAGCAAAUGCUCACCAUUCUCUUUCAGUUGCUGCCAUUUUAUUUCCAUGUGAAGACUGAAGGCAUUGGAGAGGAAGGCUAACUAAUUAAUGGUGCUUAAAAAUCAGGGCAGUUAAUGUAAGUUUAUGGCCGGAGGUGCAGCCCUGCUUAUAUCCUUUUUCACCAGAUCAGUCUUAGUGCUUUUGUCACCUUGACUCUGGUUUGGCUCUUGCACAACUCAGAGUGCAGUAUUUCUCACCAGAUGCAAAGGAGAUGCUAUUGCACAGCUCUCCAGAGAGCCUAUUCAUCAUGCAGCGCUCAGAGUGGCAGCAGAAGGAAUGCCUUUGAAGCUCCUUUGAAAGCAGGGUUAAGAUAUGGUUACUUCUCACUCUGCCUCUUAAAUUCUUACAGGGCCUUAGGAAGAGCUGGCCCCAAGGUGUCUGUUUGCAGGGUCUUUUUCCUUCCUGGCACUCUUUCUUGAAGAAUAUUAUCCAUGUUAAAAUUAUAGAAAAAACCCAUAAUUAUUAAUAGGCAUCUAGGAUUUUGAUCUUUUAAAAAAAAUACAGUGUGAUUGUUUUACUUCUGAAUUUUUUUUCCCUUUUCAGUGAAAAAAUUCAGGUUAAUGGUUAAAAAACAAAUCAGUGAUGUCUUUAAAAAUAUUCUAUUACACUACAGUUGCCAAAACACUGACAAAGUUUUGGGUACUCUAAGAAAAGAUGACUUUGUGUUUAAUUGGAGUUCUUGUUUUCAGCGUUACCUAACAGAAGGUAGAAAGUCUAAUGUUGAUGGCUCUUCCUGUUGCAAGUUGGGGCUUUAAACUUUUGAGGUACAAAAAUAUGUCCUAAAAAUGAAAGUAACAUUUGUUUAGCUAGUGAAUGUGACAAUAUCUUAAUGUGUACAAUGAGUCGAUGUAAUUUUAAUCAACUUGGUGAUGAUGUUAUUAAAUGACAAAACAAAUGCAGUGUAUUAAAACUAAACACUACACUGAAACUGAAACAAAAUCCUGGUGAUGUAACUGGGCUCGAUUUAGAUCAUGUGGAAGCUGAGAAAUAAAUGUGUAUAAAAAUGUAGAUGAGGAUAUUAAUUCCAAUUUUUAAACUAUGAUUCUGUGACUUGUAAUUGAC